AUGGCAGACACCUCUUCACCUCGACAUCAAGAGUUCUUCUUCCACUACAAGCCCAAUGGACAUGCCGCUAUCUUCUUCAUGCUGUGGUUUCUCGCGGCGACGGUGGCGCACAUAUAUUUGGCCGUCAAACAUAAGAUGCGCUACCUAAUUUGGACAGCCGGACUAUGCGGCGUGUUCGAGGUCAUCGGUUGGGUCGGACGGGUCAUAGCGUCGCACAAUCUGGAAAGCACUUCGUUGAUUCCCUAUCUGUUGAAUUCUCUGUUUACUCUAUUUGGCCCCACUCCCUUGCUCGGCGCCAACUUCAUCCUGCUCGGCCGGGUCAUCACGAGGUUAGGCCCCUGCUAUAGCCGACUUGGCGUCCGCAAGUAUAGCAGAAUCUUUCUCACCUGCGACUGCGUCGCAAUGUUUGUACAGAUGUCCGGCGGUGGCCUCUCAGCCCAGAGCAAGACGGCAAAACUCGGUGGUACCAUAUCCCUGAUCGGCAUCAUCUUCCAGCUCCUUGCUCUUGUCGUCUAUGCCGCACUUGGAACCGAGUUCCUCGUACGCUACCUCAAACGCAAUCCAUUCGAGAACCAUACGAAGGACCAGUAUUAUCGUGGAGAUCUCACGAGACGCGUCAAGAUGCUCGUGGGCUGCAUGAUCUUCAUGACUGUCAUGAUUCUUGUGCGGUCGAUCUAUCGUUCGGCUGAGCUCGCAGGAGGUUACGACGGACCAGUCGCGUCGAACGAGAAGCUCUUCAUCAUCUUUGACGCAGUUCUGAUCCUCCUUGCGCUCGGCACCCUAGUGAUACUGCACCCAUCCAGACUCCUCAUCCGUGAAGAGGAGGCAAGCAGGAUGUUGUACGCGAGCGACCAGUCGCCGGUGUUGGACAGUCAAGCAUACGUGCAGGGUGGCUAUGCGACAGGAUACCCUCCCGCCCACAAGUUUGCUCCGUUGGCAUAG